ACACACACACACACACACACACACACACAUUCGGAACCGUGGCCUGCGUGUGAGAGAGACAGAGCAGAGGAGAGGGUUGGAAGACGGACACAGACGAAGAGAAGGACACAAGGAGAGUUAAAAAGACGGAGAGAAGGACACAAGGAGAGUUAAAAAGACGGAGAGAAGGACACAAGGAGAGUUAAAAAAAGACAGAGAGAGAGAAAGAAGAGAAGAAGAGGAAAGAGGAGUAGUGGUCUCCGUGACGACCGAGGCUCGGCAGGAUGGCAGAAGCUGCAGAUGGAGACGAGGAGAUACAGUUUGUGAGGACGGAUGAUACGGUGGUGUUGCAGUGCACUGCGUCCAUCUUGAAGGAGCAGAUCAAACUGUGUCUGUCAUGCGAGGGUUUCGGCAACCGACUCUGCUUCCUAGAGACCACAUCUAACGCCCAGAAUGUUCCUCCGGACCUGGCGAUCUGCUGCUUCAUCCUGGAGCAGUCGCUGUCAGUCCGCGCCCUCCAGGAGAUGCUGGCCCACACGUCCGACACCGAGGCAGUGGAUUUGGAUAAAUGGUCGAGCCAGGGGGGAGGUCACCGUACACUGCUGUACGGACAUGCCAUUCUCCUCCGACACACACACUCUGGAAUGUACCUGAGCUGUCUGACCACCUCUCGCUCUCUGACUGAUAAGCUGGCCUUUGAUGUGGGCCUGCAGGAGGACUCCACAGGUGAGGCGUGCUGGUGGACCAUCCACCCUGCGUCCAAGCAGAGGUCAGAUGGUGAGAAGGUGCGUGUGGGUGAUGAGCUCAUCCUGGUCAGUGUGUCAUCUGAGAGAUACCUGCACUUGUCCUAUGCCAGUGGUGAUCUCAUGGUGGAUGCCUCCUUCAUGCAAACACUCUGGAACAUGAACCCAGUGUGCUCUGGCUGUGAGGUGGCCGAAGGCUACCUGACGGGAGGGUAUGUUAUCCGCUUGUUCCACGGUCACAUGGACGAGUGUUUGGCCAUCGCUGCAGCGGAGCAGGGAGAUGACCAGCGCAGGAAUGCACACUAUGAGGGGGGGACUGUCUGUAGUCAUGCCCGGUCGCUAUGGAGACUGGAACCUUUGCGCAUUGGCUGGAGCGGGAGCCAUAUCAAGUGGGGUCACUCGUUCCGCGUGCGGCACAUCACCACUGGGCGCUACCUCUGCCUGGAGGAGGAGAAGGGGCUACUGCUAGUGGACCCCGAGAAGGCCAACACCAAGGGCUCAGCCUUCUGCUUCCGCGCAUCAAAGGAGAAGUCGGAGGCGGCCCCUAAGCGUGAGGUGGAGGGGAUGGGUCUCCCGGAGAUAAAGUACGGAGAGUCCAUGUGCUUUGUCCAGCAUAUCGCCACUGGACUCUGGCUCACCUACGCCUCCGUCGAUGCCAAAUCAGCCCGACUCGGACCCCUCAAGAGGAAGGCGAUUCUCCAUGUUGAGGGCCAUAUGGAUGAUGCUCUGACAGUGGCUCGCUCUCAGACUGAGGAGUUUCAGGCGGCCAGAAUGAUCUACAGCACCACAGGGCUCUUUAUGCAGUUCAUCAAAUGUCAGAGUCAGGACCAGACAUCAGAUGAAAAGCCAUCACGUCAGGGCAUGAUAACGUUGGUGCUGGAGUGUAUUGAUCGUCUGAACGUGUACAACACGGCGGCUCACUUCUCUGAGUUUGCUGGAGAGGAGGCUGCAGAGUCUUGGAAGGAGAUUGUUAAUCUGCUCUAUGAACUACUGGCCUCUCUUAUCCGAGGGAACAGGGCCAACUGUGCUCUCUUCUGUGACAAUCUGGACUGGCUGGUCAGCAAGCUGGACCGACUGGAAGCCUCCUCAGGUAUUCUCGAGGUGCUGUACUGUGUUCUGAUCGAGAGCCCUGAGGUUCUGAACAUCAUUCAGGAGAAUCACAUCAAAUCCAUCAUCUCCCUGCUGGACAAGCAUGGACGCAACCACAAGAACCUCAUCACAGAGAACCUGCUGCCUGGACGAGACCUUCUCCUGCAGACCAACAUCAUCAACUAUGUCACCAGCAUGCGUCCCAACAUCUUCCUGGGCACAUGUGAGGGCUCCACCCAGUAUAAGAAGUGGUACUACGAGCUGAUGGUGGACCAGGUGGAGCCCUUCGUCACGGCACAGCCGUUCCACCUGCGCGUCGGCUGGGCGCUGACCGAGGGGUACAGCCCCUACCCCGGGGGAGGAGAGGGCUGGGGCAGCAACGGCGUGGGAGACGACCUCUACUCCUACGGCUUCGACGGCCUAAACCUGUGGUCAGGGCGUGUCCCACGGGUGGUGGCCUCGCCCAGUCAGCACAUCCUGUCGGCGGAGGACGUGGUGAGCUGCUGCCUGGAUCUGAGCGUGCCCAGUAUCUCAUUCCGCAUCAACGGGCACCCAGUGCAAGGCAUGUUCGAGAACUUCAACGUGGAUGGACUCUUCUUCCCCGUGGUCAGCUUCUCCGCUGGAGUCAGGUAGGAGCACGCAGAACCGGGUCAGGGAGGAACACAUUUCCUGUUCCAGCCGCCCGGGUACGCCUCCCCGUGUUACUUAGGCAGUUCUGCUAAAGACCGCCUUUCGAUCGAGCCCAUCAAGGAGUACAAGCACGACGUCCAGGGGGUCCGGAACCUUCUGGGGCCCACACAGGCGCUCUCACACACCGCCUUCACACCAUGCCCCGUGGACACCGUACAGAUUGUGUUGCCCCCUCACCUGGAGCGUAUCCGGGAGAAGCUGGCGGAGAACAGCCACGAGCUGUGGGCAGUGACCCGCAUCGAGCAGGGCUGGACCUACGCGCCGUUCCGGGACGAUAAUAAGAAGCUGCACCCGUGCCUGGUGGACUUUGGCAGUCUGCCUGAGCCUGAGAAGAACUAUAACCUGGCCAUGUCUGGGGAAACCCUCAAGACUCUGCUGGCCUUGGGUUGCCAUGUGGGUAUGGGGGAUGAGAAAGCCGAGGAGAACCUGAAGAAGAUCAAACUGCCCAAAACGUACAUGCAGAGCAGUGGCUACAAGCCCGCCCCUCUGGACCUGAACCAUGUGAAGCUGACGCCCAAUCAGAACACUCUGGUGGAGAGACUGGCAGAGAAUGGACACAAUGUCUGGGCACGAGAUCGCGUGCGCCAAGGGUGGACGUACAGUAUCGUACAGGACAUAGUGAACAAGCGCAAUCCCCGCCUCGUGCCCUAUAACCUGCUGGACGAGAAAACCAAGAAGACCAAUCGAGAAGUAUGCGUCAGGCGCACUCUGAUUGGCUACGGCUACAACAUUGAACCACCUGAUCAGGAGAGCACUGGUCCCGGUGCGGGGGGCUCACGCAGUGAUAAGUUACGGGUGUUCCGAGCGGAGAAGUCGUACGCGGUCACUCAGGGGAAGUGGUACUUCGAGUUCGAGGCGGUGACCGUGGGAGAGAUGAGGGUGGGCUGGGCACGUCCGAACGUGCGCGCGGACGUGGAGCUCGGAGGGGACGACCUCGCCUACGUCUUCAAUGGCUUCAAGGCUCAGCGCUGGCAUGUGGGGAACGAGCCGUUUGGGCGCAUCUGGUUGCCAGGCGACGUGGUUGGCUGCAUGAUCGAUCUGGUGGAGCAGAACAUCAUGUUCACUCUCAACGGGGAGAUGCUGAUCAGCGACUCUGGCUCUGAGAUGGCCUUCAAGGACAUCGAGAUCGGAGAAGGCUUCAUCCCGGUGUGCAGUCUGGGCCUGUCCCAAGUGGGCCGUCUGAACCUGGGUCAGAACGUGAGCUCGCUGCGCUACUUCACCAUCUGCGGCCUGCAGGAGGGUUUCGAGCCGUUCGCCAUCAACAUGAAGAGGGACAUCACCAUGUGGUUCAGCAAGAGCCUGCCGCAGUUCGUCCCCGUGCCAACUGACCACCCGCACGUAGAGGUGUCUCGAGUGGACGGCACGGUGGACAGCGCCCCCUGUCUGAAGAUGACGCACAAGACGUUCGGCUCUCAGAACGCCAACACGGACCUGCUGUUCCUGCGCCUGAGCAUGCCCAUCGAGUUCCACGAGACGUUCAAGGUUCCCGCGGGCGCCACGCCGGUCACGCGCGCCCCGACCAUCCCCGAGGACGAGGCGCUGGACAUCGAGCCCGACUCCGAGUUCGAGCAGCUCAAGAAGUCGGCCGGUCCCAAGGAGCAGGACGAGAAGGAGAAGGAGGCGUCAUGUUCAAAGAGCUGCCCGGACGGCAAGGAGAACGAGAAGGACACCACCACGGAGAAGAGCAAGAAGAAAGGGUUCCUGUUCAAGGCUAAGAAGGCUGCAUUCGUAACUCCUCCUCCGGUCAUCACUGUGCCUCGUCUGGUGGAGGAUGUGGUCCCUGAUGACCGCGAUGACGUCGAUGUCAUCCUCAACACCACAACAUAUUACUACUCGGUGCGGGUGUUUGCGGGUCAGGAGCCCACUGGUGUGUGGGUGGGCUAGGUCCUCUGAAUUACCACUGAUACGAUACUGCACUUGACCUCGGCAAAGGUGUAUAGCGUCACCGUCACCGUGGGAGAUGACAAGGGCAACAUUCACGACAGUAUGAAGCGCAGUAACUGUUACAUGGUGUGGGGUGGUGAGUUUGGGAGCUCGCAGCAGACUCGCAUCAGCCAGGAAGACUUCAUCAUCGGCUGCCUAGUGGACCUAGACACGGGCCUCAUGACCUUCACAGUCAACGGGAAGGAAGUGAACGCCUUCUACCAGGUGGAGCCGAACACUAAGCUCUUCCCUGCUGUAUUCUGCCUGCCUUCUAGUCAGAACAUGCUGCAGAUAGAACUGGGCAAACUCAAGAACAUUAUGCCCCUGUCUGCGGCCAUGUUCCGCAGCGACCGCAAGAACCCGGUUCCUCAGUGCCCUCCGCGGCUGGACCUGCAGAUGCUGACCCCGGUGAUCUGGAGCCGCAUGCCCAACCACUUCCUGCGGCCAGACACCGGACGGGUCAGCGAGAGGCUGGGAUGGAAGGUGGAGUGCCAGGCACCGCUGACCAUGAUGGCUCUACAUAUACCAGAGGAGAACAGGUGUAUCGACAUCCUGGAGCUGUCGGAGCGUCUGGACCUGCUGAAGUUCCACUACCACACGCUGAAGCUGUACGGCUCGGUGUGUGCGCUAGGCAACAAACUGCUGGCGCUCCACGCUUUCCGUAGCCAUCGCGGACGAAGUCGCAGCUGAUCUUUACCAUCGGUGAACACCUCCACUGCCCUUCGCCCCAUCCGCAGCGGCUACUACGAUCUGCUCAUCAGCAUGCACCUGGAGUCGGCCCGCCGCAACCGCCUCAUGACCAACCGCGAGUUCAUCGUGCCCAUGACGGACGCUUACCGCCAAGUAGCAUUAACCACCUGCCUCAGGCCCAAGCUGCACUUCGCGCCCACAGGUUUCGUGGGGACCAACGCAGACCUGUACACGCUUAGUCCUGUUAUACCGCUGCAGAUCCUGAAGGAUAAGGCGUUGACCAUGCUGACGGAGGCGGUGCAGGACGGCGUGCAGGCCAUGCGUGACCCAGUAGGGGGCAGCGUAGAGUUCCACUUCGUGCCCAUCCUCAAGCUCAUCAGCACGCUGCUCAUCAUGGGGGUGUUCGAGGACGAGGACGUCAAGCACAUCCUCAAGAUGAUCGAGCCCAACGUCUUCGGUGAGGAGGCGGAGUCUCACACCGAGGAGGCGGGGCCAGAAGGGGCUGCCCUCAAGGAGGCGGGUCCUGAGCAGAAGGAGCAAGAGGAGGCGCUGGACGAAGGGGUGGGAGAGGAAGAGGAGGAGUUGGAGGAGGAGGAAGAGGAGGAGUUAGAUGUGGAGGAGGAGCCUGCGGAGGAGGAGGGAGAGGAGGGACUGGAGGAGAAGACGGACUUGGAGAAAGGGGCGGGGUCUGGGAAAGAGGCGGGGUCAGCGGAGGCGGAGACUAAAGAGGAGGACGGAGUGCAUGAAGGUCUGCUGCACAUGAAGCUCCCAGAGUCUGUCAAACUACAGAUGUGUACCCUGCUGCAGUACUUCUGUGACUGUGAGCUGAGGCAUCGCGUGGAGUGCAUCAUUGCCUUCUCUGACCAGUUUGUGAGUCAGGUGCAGGGCAAUCAGAGAAUGCGCUACAACGAGCUCAUGCAGGCCUUCACCAUGAGUGCCGCUGAGACCGCCAGGAAGACCCGCGAGUUCCGCUCACCUCCGCAAGAACAGGUUAACAUGCUGAUGAACUUCAAGAACUGUCCAGAGGAGGAGGACUGUCCGGUUCCGGAGGAGGUCCGCCAUGACCUGAUGAAUUUCCACAACGACCUGCUGGCUCACUGCGGAGUGCACAUAGAGGAGGAGGAGGUGGAGGAGGAGGUGGAUAACUCCCUGAGGGGGAGGCUGGUGCGCAUGCUGGAGAAGGUCAAGAGUCUCCGCAAAAAGAAGGAGGAGACGGAACCGGAGCUCGAGGAGGAGGCCAAACCCCAGACCCUUCAGGCGCUCAUCUCCCACACCAUGAUCCACUGGGCCCAGGAGUCGUUCAUCCAGAACCCAGAGCUGGUGCGCCUCAUGUUCAGCCUGCUGCACCGGCAGUAUGAUGCCCUGGGCGAGCUGAUCCGGGCCGUGCCCAAGGCCUACACCAUCAACGUGGUGUCUGUGCAGGACACCAUGGACCUUCUGGAGUGCCUCAGCCAGAUCCGCUCGCUGCUCAUCGUCCAGAUGGGCCCGGAGGAGGAGCGGCUUAUGAUCCAGAGCAUUGGGAACAUCAUGAGCAAUAAGGUGUUCUAUCAGCACCCCAACCUGAUGAGAGCGCUGGGCAUGCACGAGACCGUCAUGGAGGUCAUGGUCAACGUGCUAGGAGGAGGGGACUCCAAGGAGAUCCGUUUUCCUCGCAUGGUGACGAACUGCUGUCGCUUCCUGUGCUACUUCUGUCGGAUCAGCCGUCAGAACCAGCGCUCCAUGUUCGACCACCUCAGCUACCUGCUGCAGAACAGCGGCAUCGGCCUGGGUGUGCGUGGGUCUACUCCUCUAGACGUGGCGGCCUCCUCCUGCAUCGACAACAACGAGCUGGCAUUGGCCCUGCAGGAGCAGGACCUGGAGAUGGUGGUGAAGUACCUGGCUGGCUGUGGGCUGCAGAGCUGUCCCAUGCUGCUGGCCAAAGGCUACCCAGACAUCGGCUGGAACCCCUGUGGAGGAGAGAAGUACCUGGACUUCCUGCGCUUCGCUGUGUUUGUCAACGGGGAGAGUGUGGAGGAGAACGCUAAUGUUGUUGUGCGUCUGCUGAUUCGUCGGCCCGAGUGCUUUGGCCCCGCCCUGAGAGGGGAGGGGGGUAACGGUCUUCUGGCCGCCAUCGAAGAGGCCAUCAAGAUCUCUGAGGACCCUGCCCGAGAUGGACCCUCCGUCAAGAAAGACAGACGCUUCCAAAUUCAUGGCGGCGGUGAGGAGCAGCAUGAGGAGAACCGUGUCCACCUGGGCAACGCCGUCAUGUCCUUCUACUCAGCGCUCAUCGACCUGCUGGGACGCUGCGCCCCGGAGAUGCACUUGAUCCAGGCGGGUAAGGGAGAGGCUCUACGUAUCCGCGCCAUCCUCCGCUCUCUGGUGCCCCUAGAGGACCUGGUGGGCGUCAUCAGUCUGUCCGUACAGAUACCCGCCUUUGGCAAGGACAACUGCAUCAUCGAGCCCAAGAUGUCGGCCAGUUUUGUCCCUGACCACAAGGCGCCCAUGGUGCUGUUCCUGGACCGUGUCUACGGCAUCGACAACCAGGACUUCCUGCUGCACGUGCUCGAGAUCGGCUUCCUGCCGGACAUGAGGGCCGCCGCUUCACUCGACACGGUAACAACGUACCUCCGUCCAUCCAUGCUGCAGCACCUGUUGAGACGGCUGGUGUUCGACGUGCCCAUUCUGAAUGAGUAUGCCAAGAUGCCCCUCAAGCUGCUGACCAAUCACUACGAGCGCUGCUGGAAGUACUACUGUUUGCCCAACGGCUGGGCCAACUUUGGGCUGGCAUCAGAGGAGGAGUUGCACCUCACCCGCAAACUCUUCUGGGGCAUCUUUGAGUCGCUCGCGCAUAAGAAAUUUGACUCGGAGCUGUUCAAGAUUGCCAUGCCAUGCAUCUGUGCCAUCGCGGGUGCCAUCCCCCCGGACUACGUAGAUGCUAGCUACUCCUCCAAGACAGAGAAGAAGGCGUCCGUCGACGCAGAGGGCAACUUUGACCCCAAACCCGUGGAGACCACCAACACCAUCAUCCCUGAGCGGCUGGAUGUGUUCAUCAAUCGCUACGCAGAGUACACGCACGACAGAUGGGCCUUUGAGAAGAUUCAGAAUAAUUGGACCUAUGGAGAAAUUCUAGAUGAAAAUACCAAGACCCACCCAAUGCUCAGACCCUACAAGACCUUCUCAGAGAAGGAUAAGGAGAUUUACCGGUGGCCCAUAAAGGAGUCGGUGAAGGCCAUGCUGGCCUGGGAGUGGACUCUGGAUAAGGCCCGAGACGGAGAGGAGGACAAGACAGAGAAGAAGAAAAAGAUCUCGCAGACGGCACAGGCAACCUAUGACCCCAGCCAUGGCUACAGCCCACAGCCAAUCGACGUCACUGGCAUGGCCCUGUCCAGAGAACUACUGUCCAUGGCAGAGCAGCUGGCAGAGAACUACCACAACACCUGGGGACGCAAGAAGAAGAUGGAGCUACAAUCCAAGGGCGGAGGCACUCACCCCCUGCUGGUGCCAUACGACACACUGACGGCGAAGGAGAAGGCGCGUGAUCGAGAGAAGGCCCACGAGCUGCUCAAGUUCCUGCAGCUCAACGGAUACGCCGUCACCAGAGGCAUGAAGGAUAUGGAGCUGGACACCUCCUCCAUAGAGAAGCGCUUUGCUUACGGUUACCUACAGCAGCUUCUGAAGUGGAUGGACAUCGCACAGGAGUUCAUUGCACAUCUCGAGGCUGUGGUCAGCAGUGGACGAGUGGAGAAGUCUCCCCAUGAGCAGGAGAUCAAGUUCUUUGCCAAGAUCCUGCUGCCCCUGAUUAACCAGUACUUUAAGAACCACUGCCUCUACUUUCUGUCCACUCCAGCCAAAGUGCUGGGCAGUGGUGGACAUUCCUCCAACAAGGAAAAAGAGAUGAUCGCCAGUAUCUUCUGUAAAAUGUCUGCCCUGGUGAGGCACCGAGUGUUCCUCUUUGGAACGGACGCCCCAGCCAUCGUUAACUGCCUCCACAUCCUGGCCCGUUCACUGGACGCAAGGACAGUGAUGAAGUCCGGCCCUGAGAUGCGUGAAGAGGAGCCGGCCUGCAUCCCUUUUGAGAGUGCUGCUGACGACAUCGAGAAGAUGGUGGAGAACCUCAAGCUAGGAAAGGUCUCCAAGGGCAACCAGCCAGUGAAGGGCGUGUCUCAGAACAUCAACUACACCACGGUGGCCCUCCUGCCGGUCCUCACCUCUCUGUUUGACCACAUCGCCCAGUCCCAGUUUGGAGAUGAUGUCAUACUGGAUGAUCUGCAGAUGUCCUGCUAUCGCCUCAUGUGCAGUAUGUACUGCUGUGGCACAAUCAAGACUCCCCAUGUUGAGAGGCUUCGGCCAGCUCUGGGGGAGUGUUUAGGUCACCUGGCGUCAGCCAUGCCCGUGGCGUACUUGGAGCCACACCUGAACGAGUACAACGCCUUCUCCGUGUACACCACCAAGACCCCCCGCGAGAGAUCCAUUUUGGGUCUGCCCAGUGAGGUGCAGGAGCUGUGUCCAGACAUCCCGGAGCUGGACAUCCUCCUGAAAGAGAUCGGCGAGCUGGCGGAGUCCGGCGCCCGCUACACAGAGAUGCCCCACGUCAUCGAGAUCACGCUGCCCAUGCUGUGCAACUACCUGCCCCGCUGGUGGGAGCGUGGGCCAGAGAACUUUCCGGAACAGGAGGGUCAGCUAUGCACCGAGGUCACCUCUGACCAACUCAACCAGCUGCUGGGCAGCAUCAUGAAGAUCGUGGUCAACAACCUGGGCAUCGACGAGGCCUCCUGGAUGAAGAGACUUGCAGUGUUCUCCCAGCCCAUCGUGAGCCGGGCGAAGCCCGAGAUGCUGAAGUCGCACUUCAUCCCCACCAUGGAGAAGCUGAAGAAGCGCACGGCCAAGGUGGUGGCGGAGGAGGACAAGUUACGGCUGGAGGGCAAGUCUGAGGGCGACGAGGAGGAGGGCACCAUCCGUGACGAGUUCGCCGUGCUCUGCAGGGACCUGUACGCCCUCUACCCGCUGCUCAUCCGCUACGUGGACAACAACAGAGCUCGCUGGCUGACAUGUCCUGAUCCAGAUGCAGAGGAGUUGUUCCGUAUGGUUGGGGAGGUCUUCAUAUACUGGUCCAAGUCCCACAAUUUCAAGCGAGAGGAACAGAACUUUGUGGUCAUGAAUGAGAUCAACAACAUGUCCUUCCUGACCGCAGACAGCAAGAGUAAAAUGAGCAAGGCUGGGGACACAGAGGCUGGGGGUUCAGAUGUGGAGCGUACCAAGAAGAAGCGCAGGGGGGACCGCUACUCUGUGCAGACGUCUCUAAUUGUGGCCUCGCUCAAGAAGAUGCUCCCCAUCGGCCUCAACAUGUGCUCCCCCGCUGACCAGGAGCUUAUCAACAUCGCCAAGAUACGCUACUCACUGAGAGACACAGACGAGGAGGUGAGGGAGUUCCUACAGGCCAACCUACAUCUUCAGGGCAAGGUGGACAACCCGUCCAUGCGGUGGCAGAUGACGUUGUACAGAGAGAUGGCCGGGAAGGUUGAGGACGCAGACGCUCCAGACAAAGUAGUCAAGAGAGUACAGGAAGUGUCUGCUGUGAUCUAUCACAUCGAGGUGACUGAGCACCCCUUCAAGUCGAAGAAGAUGGUGUGGCACAAGCUGCUGUCCAAGCAGAGACGCAGAGCAGUGGUGGCCUGCUUUAGGAUGACCCCACUGUACAACCUACCAAGGCACAGGGCUUCUAACAUGUUCCUGGACGGCUACAAGCGUAACUGGCUCCAUACAGAAGGCUACUCGUUUGAGGACAGGAUGAUUGAUGACCUAUCUAAAGCUCUGGAGGAAGAGGAGGAUGAGGAGGAGGAGCGGGAGACGAAGCCGGACCCUCUGCACCAGCUCAUCCUGCACUUCAGCCGCACAGCUCUCACUGAGAAGAGCAAACUGGACAUAGACCACCUCUAUAUGGCGUACGCAGAUAUCAUGGCAAAGAGCUGCCACAUAGGUGAGGAUGAGGAGGGUGAGGAGGAGGCGGCGGUGGAAGAUGAGAUGUCGUUUGAGGUGCGACAGACAGAGCUGGAAAAAGAGAUGGAGAAACAGAGGCUGUUGUACCAGCAGUCUCGACUCCACAACCGUGGAGCUGCGGAAAUGGUGCUGCAGAUGAUCAGUGCCUGCAAAGGAGAGACAGGCUGUAUGGUGUCCACCACCUGUGUCUUAGAUCUGAAUGCUUUUGAGAGGCAGAACAAAGCUGAGGGUCUUGGAAUGGUUUCAGAAGAAGGCACAAGUGAGAAGGUGAUGGCGGAUGAUGAGUUCACCUGUGACCUAUUCCGCUUUCUACAGCUAUUGUGUGAAGGGCACAAUAAUGACUUCCAGAACUACCUGAGAACUCAGACAGGAAGCACCACGACCAUCAACGUUAUCAUUUGCACGGUAGACUACUUGCUGAGACUGCAGGAGUCCAUCAGUGAUUUCUACUGGUACUACUCGGGGAAAGAGAUCAUUGAUGAGCCGGGGAAGAAGAACUUCUCCAAGGCCAUGACGGUGGCCAAGCAGAUCUUCAACAGCCUCACAGAGUACAUCCAGGGUCCCUGCACUGGUAACCAGCAGUCCCUGGCUCAUAGUCGUCUGUGGGACGCCAUCGUUGGAUUCCUGCACGUCUUUGCACACAUGAUGAUGAAGCUGGCGCAGGACUCCAGUCAGAUUGGUCUUCUAAAGGAGCUGCUAGAUCUUCAGAAAGACAUGGUGGUGAUGCUUCUCUCUCUGCUGGAGGGGAACGUUGUGAACGGCACCAUUGCGCGUCAGAUGGUGGACAUGUUAGUGGAGUCGUCCAGCAAUGUGGAGAUGAUCCUCAAGUUCUUCGAUAUGUUCCUCAAGCUGAAGGACAUCGUGGCGUCGGACGCGUUCCGCGACUAUGUGACGGACCCACGGGGGCUUAUCUCCAAGAAGGACUUCCAGAAGGCCAUGGACAGCCAGAAGCAGUACACGCCCUCCGAGAUCCAGUUCCUCCUCUCCUGCUCCGAGGCCGACGAGAACGACAUGAUCAACUUCGAGGAGUUCGCCAACCGCUUCCAAGAGCCGGCCAAGGACAUCGGCUUCAACAUCGCCGUGCUGCUGACCAACCUGUCGGAGCACGUGCCACACGACGCCCGGCUGAAGAACUUCCUGGAGCAGGCGGAGAGCGUGAUCAACUACUUCCGCCCGUUCCUGGGCCGCAUCGAGAUCAUGGGCGCCAGCCGCAAGAUCGAGCGCAUCUACUUCGAGAUCAGCGAGGUCAACCGCAACCAGUGGGAGAUGCCGCAGGUCAAGGAGUCCAAGCGGCAGUUCAUCUUCGACGUGGUCAACGAGGGGGGCGAGAGCGAGAAGAUGGAGCUCUUCGUCAACUUCUGCGAGGACACCAUCUUCGAGAUGAACAUCGCCUCGCAGAUCUCGGAGCAGGACGAGGGCGGGGCCGAGGAGGAGGACGACGAGCCGGAGGGCGGAGCCGAGGGAGGGGCCGAGGAGGGAGGUGGGGAGGACGGCCAAUCGGAAUCCAGCCUCGCCUUCGCCGAUUUCAACAGCGCCUUCAACUUCCUGGGCAUGUUCACGCUCAGCAGUUCCCGCGCGCAGUACCGGGCGCCAUGCAAGAUGACGCUGAAGGAGAUGGUGGUGGGCUUGGCCACGUUCGUGUGGAUGGUCGUCACGGGCGUGCUGCUCUUCGUCUUCGGCGUGUGCAAGGGCUUCCUGCUGCUGCUGUGGCAGACGCUGUUCGGCGGCGGUCUGGUGGAAGGCGCCAAAAACAUCACGGUGACGGAGAUCCUGGCCAGCAUGCCGACCCCACGCGAGGACGAGGUGCACGGCGACGGGCGGGAGGCCAGCCGCAAGGAGGUUGAGGCGGGGCACGAGCGAAUGCAUGGACCAGGGCGCGGAGAGGAGGAGGAGGAGGACAGCCAGACCUAGGAUCCAAACGAUCCCGGCAUAGAUACCCCGGGCGGAGAUAUGGGCCAAUACCGAGAUCCCGUGGAGAUCUUAACGCCAGAGGGCCCAACCGCCGAUGAAAAUACGGGAUCAGGAGAGGAGGCGGGACCUGAGCAGCAGCCCCCUGCCGUAGAGGAGCCGCCCCCUGAGCCAGAGAAAGCUGACACUGAGAAUGGGGAGAAGGCUCAGAAGGAGGCGGACGCUAAGGCCCAGGAGGAGAAGAAGGAGGAGGAGCCAAAGGUGGAGAAGGCGGCCAAGGCCAAGAAGGAGGCACCGGCAAGCAAGCACAGAGGCUUCGACCUCUGGACCGAGCUGGACGUGCAGAGGAGCAAAUUUAUGAAUUACCUCUCCCGGAACUUCUACAACCUGCGCUUCCUGGCUCUCUUCAUCUCAUUCGCUCUCAACUUCAUUCUGCUCUUCUACAAGGUGUCAGACACGCCUCCAUAUGAAGACGAUGAUGUGGAGGGCUCCGGCGUGUUCGAGGGUUCGGGGCUGUUUGAGGGGUCCGGCAUGUUUGAGGGGUCAGGCCUGUUUGAAGGGUCAGGCCUGUUCGAGGGCUCUGGUGAGGAGAUGGAGGGCUCUGGUCUUGGAGGGGACGAGGAGGACGAGGAGGAGGGACCAGUCUACUUCUUCCUGGAGGAGAGCACGGGCUACAUGCAGCCCAGCAUGACCUUCCUGGCCACCGUACACACCAUCAUCUCCUUCCUGUGCAUCAUCGGAUACAACUGCCUCAAGAUCCCUCUGGUGAUUUUUAAGCGGGAGAAGGAGCUAGCGAGAAAGCUUGAGUUUGACGGCCUCUACAUCACAGAGCAGCCAGAGGAUGAUGACAUCAAAGGCCAGUGGGACCGACUGGUGCUCAACACUCCGUCUUUCCCCAAGAACUACUGGGACAAGUUUGUCAAACGGAAGGUGCUGGAUAAGUACGGGGACAUUUACGGCCGUGAGCGCAUUGCAGAGCUGCUGGGGAUGGACCUGGCCUCUCUGGACGUCAGCAAGCAGCAGAAUCAGGACAAGAAGGCCGAGGAACCCGACACCUCCAUGUUCACCUGGAUCACGUCCAUUGACCUCAAAUAUCAGAUCUGGAAGUUUGGAGUCGUGUUCACAGAUAAUACUUUCCUCUACCUGGUGUGGUACAUGAUCAUGUCAUUCCUUGGUCACUACAACAACUUCUUCUAUGCUACCCAUCUGCUGGACAUCGCCAUGGGCGUCAAAACACUCCGCACCAUCCUGUCUUCCGUAACACACAACGGCAAACAGCUGAUGAUGACGGUGGGCCUGCUGGCUGUAGUGGUGUACCUCUACACUGUGGUGGCCUUCAACUUCUUCCGUAAGUUCUACAACAAGAGCGAGGACGAGGACGAACCGGACAUGAAGUGUAACGACAUGAUGACUUGUUACCUGUUCCACAUGUACGUGGGUGUGCGUGCUGGUGGGGGGAUCGGGGAUGAGAUCGAGGACCCUGCUGGUGAUGAGUAUGAACUGUACCGCGUCGUCUUCGACAUCACCUUCUUCUUCUUCGUCAUCGUCAUCCUCCUCGCCAUCAUUCAGGGUCUAAUCAUUGAUGCCUUUGGUGAGCUGAGAGACCAGCAGGAGCAGGUUAAGGAAGACAUGGAGACCAAGUGCUUCAUCUGUGGGAUCGGGAGUGACUACUUCGACACAACUCCGCAUGGCUUCGAGACACACACUAUGGAUGAACACAAUCUGGCCAACUAUCUCUUCUUCCUGAUGUAUUUAAUCAACAAAGACGAGAUUUGAGCACACCG